UAUCUCUGGUCUCACUAUGUCUGCUAUUUUCAAUUUUCAGAGUGUGUUCACUGUAAUCUUGCUGCUUAUAUGUACGUGUGCUUAUAUCAGAUCCAUGGCACCCAGUAUCCUGGACAGAAAUAAAACUGGACUGUUGGGAAUAUUUUGGAAGUGCGCCAGAACUGGUGAACGAAAGAGUUCCUAUGUCUCAGUGUGCUGUAUAGUGAUGGCCUUCAGCAUCUUCUUCAUACAAUAGUUUAGAAAAAUGCCAGAAUGUAAUUACCAUCAGAUUUCAGUGUGAACAAGGACUUACCUAUGGGAAAUAAUGGAAAGAAUGUUAACCUUUUUAUCUCUGAACACUGAAUGAGAUAAAUUUCCAGAUGCUUUUC